GUGCCCCACCCCCUGCCCCCUUCCCCCCUCUCCCCGGGAUUGGCUGAUGUGAUGGUCACCGUGCAGGAUCUACAGGAUGUUUGACAGCCCUUCCCAUUGACCCAAGCCCCAGGAUGCUCAUGGUGCCCAUCGGAAGUGGCCAACCUCACCACGCCGUGCCCGUGGCCUGCGCCCUCACCUGUUCCUGGCUCCUGCUGCUCUUUCAUGCCGCCUUCAGCCAGAAGCCUGCCAAACUGCCCCUGGUGGGCCGCAAGCCCUUCAUCGCUGCCUGGAACGCACCGCUGGACCUGUGCACUGUCAAGUACAAUGUCCACACCAACCUGGAGCAACUCUUCCACAUUAGUGGCAGUCCGCGGGCCGUCCACACUGGCCAGAAUGUUACCAUUUUCUACGCCAAUCGGCUGGGCCUCUACCCUUUCUACACGGACCACAGCAUCCCUAUCAAUGGAGGCCUGCCCCAAAACUGCAACAUCAAUGACCAUCUCCUCAAGGCCUACAGGGAUAUCAACCAUUUUAUCCCCUCUGAGGACUUUGCCGGUCUGGCGGUCAUUGACUGGGAGUACUGGCGCCCACAGUGGAGCCGCAACUGGCACAAGAAAGACAUUUACCGGCAAAAGUCCCGUGAGCUGAUCACACAGGCCUAUGUCAACGUGACUUCAUCACAAAUCGAAGAGCUGGCGAGCAAACGCUUUGAGAGGAGUGCCCGUGCGUUCAUGCAGAAGACUGUCCAGCUAGGGACGUUCCUUCGCCCCAACGGACUCUGGGGCUUCUACCUCUAUCCGGACUGCCACAACUACAACCUGCAUGAGCACAACUACACAGGCUCCUGCCCUCUGCUGGAAAGCCUGCGUAAUGACGAACUGCUCUGGUUGUGGAACAGCAGCACAGCACUGUUUCCCUCAGUGGCUAUCAGGAAGAGCCAAACAGACAGUGUAAGCAACCUCCAUUUCUCCCAGUUCAGGGUGCUGGAGUCUCUGAGGAUAGCUGGGCUCACCUCACACAGCUAUGAUCUGCCCACGUUCGUGUACACACGCCUGGGCUACAGAGACGAGGCAAUGGCCUUCCUCACAACGAAAGACUUGAUCCACACCAUUGGGGAGAGUGCUGCUCUUGGUGCUGCUGGUUUUGUGAUCUGGGGAGACCUCAACCUCACCUCAUCCAGACACAACUGCACAAAGGUGAAGUCCUUCCUGAACCAGCGCCUGGGUCAGUACAUCACCAAUGUGACACGGGCUGCAGAGGUCUGCAGUGACUUCCUGUGCCAGAGCAACGGCCGCUGUGUCCGCAGGGACCUCCACGCCCCGUACUACCUCCACCUGAGCGGAGACAGCUACCACAUCCAGCCCUCAGGGGAAGGGGACUUUGUGGUCACUGGCUGGCACUCGCAGCACGAGCUCCAACUACUGGCCGAGAGGUUCCGCUGUCACUGCUAUGAGGGACACACCGGGGAGAAGUGUGACAGCCUGAACAAGGUGGUGGAAGAAGAGGAGGAUGAGGAGGGGGGAGAGGGGGAGGAGGAGCAGAGGGAAAGUGCGGCUUCACGAACUGGGAACACCCUUAGCUUGGUGGUGUUGCUCCUCCUAUUGAACUUAUAUCCUUAGUGGGGACUGUUGUAUGAUGAUAGCACUUUAAGUGCCAUGUGUUAUUUGCGGUAGGGGAGACAGAGCUUGAAGUCACUGCCAUGGGAACUGCUUUCAUGCAAUGCUGUGUCAUUUUUCAACUGGGGUCCUUCACUAUAAUGGGUAACACUUUACUUGAAGGGUACCACCUUGUCAGCUCAGGGAUUGAAACUAACAACCUUUCAGUUACUGGUCCAAUGCUCUAACUGCUAGGCUACCUGCCACCCUAAAUGCAUAUCCUGUCAUCAAACCUACUUUAUGCUAUCAUUAAGCCUUACUAUAUAUUAGGAUCAAUAUAAACUGCGGGCUGUUUUUUGACAUUUUGCCAUUAGGCAUGCGCCGCUCCCUUUGCCAGCAACGGCAUGUAUUUGCUGAGAGUAAGGUAACAUCCAAGCCCUAUUAAUUCACACAAAACACCAUCACUAUUGGUAGUAUUGUAAGCUCUGACAAUUUAAUGAUAUCUGGGACUCUUGCUCCAGUCUCCCCUAAUACUGUGCAGUUUCAUCUAGCAAUAAGCUUGGUAUUUCCACAAUGCAAAGUUUUUAAUUUUUUUUAAUUCAUUUGAACGGAUUAUCUAAUUUGACUACUGGAGGAACAAUAAAGUUUUAAAAAGUUCCAUGGCACAGUGCAAUUUGAAAAAGCCUAUAACAAAUUGGUGUAUCUGUAACCGAUGUGAAAUGACUAUCUAGUUAGCGGUGGUGUGCGCUAAUAGCAUUUCAAUCGGGUGACGUCACUCGCUCUGAGACCUGAAGUAGUUAUUCUUCUUGCUCUGCAAGGGCCACAGCUUUUGUGGUGCGAUUGUGUAACGACGCUUCGAGGGUGGCUGUUGUCGAUGUGUGCAGAGGGUCCCUGGUUAGGGGCGAGGAGAGGGACGGAAGCUAUACUGUUACAUAUCUACAUGGAAAAGUUUCCGAACCACAUCACGUUCGGGCCCCGUGGCCUUCCACGGGCCCUGUUUAGUAGGCAACGUGUCAGGACCCGGUGCGAGAAACAGUCACUAAUAAUCGUCAGAACCCAGAAGAUGAGGCAGACACAGCAGUACU